GGAAAAGGAGAAGGGGAGAGAAAUGUGAAUACUUCCUUAUGUUCAGUUCACCUGACUUUAACAAUGGAGAACUCGUCCAAAGAGGAGUACAAGAUCCAGUUGUUUGACGCGGAGACGCAGAAACUCCUCAAAACUGCCCUGAAAGACCCAGGUUCAGUUGAUCUGGAGAAAGUGUCCAGUGUUAUAGUGGAACAGUCUCUGAAGGACCAGGUCUUCAGCAGGGAGGCCGGACGCAUCUGUUAUACUAUAGUCCAGGCAGAGGCCAAACAGGCCAAUGGGAGCGUGUUUCGGCGUAACCUGCUGAACCGACUGCAGCAGGAGUUUAAAGCCAGAGAAGAGACGAGGAAGAGAUCCACUCAGGAGUGGGUUUGCCUCGUGUCCUUCAUUUGCAACAUCUUUGACUACCUCAAGGUGAACAACAUGCCCAUGACGGCCCUGGUGCACCCUGUGUACGACUGUUUGUUGAGACUGGCACAGCCUGAUGCCCUGAAGAACGAGGAGGAGAUGGACUGUCUGAUGCUGCAGUUACAUCGCAUCGGAGAUCAGCUGGAGAAUAUGAACAUGCAGCUGAUGGAUGAGCUGUUUUAUCUGCUGAGGGAUGGUUUUCUCCUGCAGGAGGAUCUGAGCUCCAUGGGUCGCCUGCUCCUGCUCGAAAUCCUCGAGUUCCGCGCGGGCGGUUGGACUCUCAGCGACACGGCUCAGAAGUACUACUACAGUGAAGUGACGGACUGAGAAAUCCACCAAUCAGGAGAGAGACACAUGAAGGCAGGAGAAACUGCAAUAGGUGAAAGGACCCAAUAGUGGAGGCUUUAUUUUUAUAAUUAUCCUCAGAGAACAGCUUUGGCUAUAUUUGGAAUACUAGACUCAAUACUGGGCAGCAUGUGCACUCCCUGAAUUUCUGUUUUUAUAACUGUACGCUACAUUGCAGAGUUUGCAUACUGAAAUAGUAAGAAAGUUAUGCUAUUCUGAACAUAGCCUUUGUGAUUCACUAGGUAUGAGAUUUAAUAUGAAGUAGAUGAUUUAAUGUGGGUUAGAUGAAGGGCUUGAUUUCAAAGGGUGUGUUUUUGAACUUUGUUAGGGGUGUGUUUCUGGUGGCUUUUGAAAGCAUUACAAUAAGGAGCAAGAGAGCACACCCUGUGUGUAAACAUCCCCGUUGUCCAUGUUAAAACGUUACAGAGGCAUUAUGUAUCCCAGCAUUCCUUAGUCGGACACCCUGUGAGUGUGCGCAAUUAAACGGUCCAUUUAUGGUUAAGCAACACAUUCAUAUGAAGACAAUGUGGAUAAUGUUUUCCUAUCCGAUGUCUGGCUGAAAUAGAAAACAAUAGUUGUAGCCAAAUGUAUGUAGCAGUUUGUGGUCAGUAUGAUUCCUUUAGUGUUCGUUAAUCUCCUAAAAUAUCAAAUUUGAUUGGUCGAAGCCUGAAUAUGAAAGUGAAUACACUGGUUUCUAGUUAUACAUGCUGUGCUGGAGUAAAGUUAAUAUAAUUGAAAUAUACAGAUUUACAACAAUGAUCUGAAAGAGUUCCUUGAGCAAGUAUUUAAUGCAGCUGUUUUUGGGACAGUUGUCACAAAGGGCUUUUAAGAGCCAGGUAAAUUAAGCCAGGUUUUAAUUAAAAGGAAGAAUCCGGGAGCUCAGUCAACAGCAUUUGUGGCAUAUUGUUGAUUACCACAAAACAUUUAAUUUGACUCGUCCCAAAUUAUCUUUAAAAAGCAAAAAUGGAGGUUCCAGUGAGACACUUACAAUGGAAGUCAAUGGGGGCCAAUUUUUUAACCUUAAAACACUCACUGUUUCAAAAGUAUAGCCACAAGAUGUAAACAAUAUACAUGUAAACAUGAUUUUAGUGUGAUAAAACUGCUUAUUAACCUUCUGUGUAUAAUUGUAUCCAAUUUUGCAACUUUGUUGCCAUGACGGCCAUAAAAAUGAUGAUUUAAACAACCUUACAGCUCCAAUAAUACACAAGUUUUAACAAGAAUGAAUGUAAGUGCGUUUAUAAAAUUAUAAGUUUCACAUUUCUGCCUUUAAACCCUCUAAAAAUUGGCCCCAUUCACUUCCAUUGUAAGUGCCUCACUGUAACCUCCAUUUUGCUUUUUUAAAGAUAAGGAGGGACGAGUUGAAACGAAUUUGUUUGUGGUAAUCAACAUUAUGCCACAAAUGCUGCUAAUUGAGUUUAACUUGUAUUGAACCCAAAAUAUAACUUUUACUUUAGCCCCCCCUAAAAUAUGUGUAUUGUAAAUAAUAUAAUGAUAUAUUCUUAAAAUAAUUGUUUAAGAAAUAAAAUACAAAUGCAAACGGGGCAACAACAAAAAAACCCUUGGUGCCCCUUUCAAAAAUUGCUCUUGAGAAUUGUUAUGUUUAUUGUCCCCCCCAACAUUUUUAUGAAAUUUUCGCCCCUGAUUGAACCCAAAAUAUAACUUUUACUUUAGCUGUUAUUCUUAAAUUGACGAACAUAAAUUAUAUUUCCCUUAGCAGGAGGAAAAAUUAUUUUUAUAGAAACAGUAAUUGAGAAUACGUAUAGAGAAUAUAAAAUAUUGAACACAUAAUGAAGAUUUAAAUAAAAGAAAAGCAACAGUUUUAUUGGAUAAUUUUUUAAGGUGAAUAGAAACCAAAGUUAGUUUUCAAGAGGCACAACAGGCCUGUUUGUGGUUCAACAUUUACAUACAAAACUUCUUUCAGGGAUGAUAUUUUUUAUAUGUUUUAAUACUAACAAACAUUUCUUCCCAGUGAUCCUGGUGAUGCAGAUUUUAUAUUUGAAAGUGUACAAAUAAGCUGGUCUAUUCCACAGGCUCCGGAUUAGACUUGUGUAAUUAUCUAGAUGCCACUCAAACCUUUUUCAAUAAAGAAUUGAACACAA